GAUUUUGGGACCCAAAUCAUGGCUCUAACUUGAAGUCGCCACCAGACGUCGACGUCAUCGCGAAUUACCAAUUUACCACCAUCUGACAUAUCGUGAUGUCGAUGAUGAACUUUUGCAGCAGAGGGAUAGUGAGAUAGGCGGUGACGGUAGUGUACUUUCCCGUUAAGGAUAACAUGAAUGCAAACCACAGUCUCGUACACAAUUUGUAUUUAUUGUAUACAAGUUCCAGUUGAGUUGUCCAUGGCGAUGUUUUAUGCGAUGAUUUUUUGUUCUAAGCUCAAAAUAAUAAUAUGAUGCCGCAAUGCCAAUCAACGUGAUUGGGCAAUUCUCUACGCUUCGACGUGGUUUAGUGAGUUAUUGCUCUCAGCAGAAUAUACCGAAAUUUGUGCGUUGUCAAACCGCAACAAUUAUGACCGACAACAACACACAGCUACUCGAGCGGGCCCGGAGCAUUGUUCCGCAGCUAGCCGCCAAUCGCCACAAAGGACAGGCUGGUAGAAUCGGUGUAAUAGGUGGAUCCUAUGAGUAUAGUGGGGCUCCAUAUUUCGCCGCAAUUAGUGCCUUGAAGGUAGGAGCAGAUCUAGCAUAUGUGUUCUGUCCGAAGCUAGCUGCGCCGACAAUCAAAUCCUAUAGUCCAGAAUUGAUAGUUAUACCCCUAGAGGACGAAUCGAAAGAUGCCAUCAAACAGGUGAAGCUUUUCCUAGAACGACUGCAUGUUCUGGUUAUAGGGCCAGGAUUGGGGCGAGAUUCUAAUUUUCUUCCAAUUGUGGUGGAGCUGAUCAAAAUUUGUCGACAAAUGGCGAAACCCCUGAUCAUAGAUGCAGAUGGGCUGUUUUUGAUCACGCAGGACAUAACAUUAGUGAAGGAUUAUGAAGGAGUGAUUCUAACACCGAAUGCUAUCGAGUUCACUCGCUUGUUCGGAGGUGAGCGGAAUCCUAAGGCAAUGCACAAUGAGUUGGGAGAAGGAGUUACUGUUAUUGAAAAAGGUGUCAAUGAUCGCAUUUACAAUACUUCAACAUUGGAGUCCUAUGAGUGUCCUGCUGGAGGAUCUGGACGUCGCUGUGGAGGACAAGGAGACUUACUUUCCGGUGCCCUGGCUACUUUCUACUGUUGGGCAUUGGCAUCUAAACAGGAAACUAGUCCAGCUUUAGUGGCUGGUUUUGCUGCAUGUUAUUUGACGAAGACUUGUAAUAGUUAUGCAUUUAAGACGAAGAGACGUAGCAUGAUGUGCUCAGACAUGAUUGAACAGAUACAUCAGGUUUUUCAGGACCAUUUCGAGCACUAGAAGAAAUAUCGCGGAAAUCAUUAUAAUGAUUUUAGCAUCAGAAACAUAAAUUAUUUUAAUUUGUUUGAAUAUUAGUAUUGUUUAUAUCCCAUAUAUACUUUUGUGAUAAUCAUGUGAAAGAUAUUAGGGUAACGUGUUAACAGUAAAAUAUUUGGUAACGGUCACUCAAGCAAGAAAACAUAAUAUUAUAUAUCAAACCGACUGACUCUAUUAUAAAAUGAACGAGAACUCCUUCUCUAACUGUCUAACUGGAUAAAUAAUCAAUUGAUGAUUACGUUGAAAAUAUACAAAAUAAUAAAUUUAUAAAGUUCAA